AUGUCUUUCCUCUCUAGUCAUGGGGCUUUUGCAUUUGGCCUUCUAGGUAACAUCGUCGGCUUCUUGGUGUUCCUUGCGCCAGUACCGACGUUCUAUAAAAUUUACAAGAAGAAAUCCACUGAAGGGUUCCAAUCACUUCCUUAUGUGAUUGGCUUAUUCAGUGCCAUGCUCUUGAUAUACUACGCAUUCCUCAAGUCCAGUAGCACCAUUCUUCUCAUCACCAUCAACUCGUUUGGCUGUUUGAUAGAGACCACAUACAUAUUGCUCUAUAUAUUUUAUGCACCAAAGAAAACUAGGAUCCAAACCAUUAAGCUGUUUAUUUCGCUGAAUGUUGUUGGAUUCGGCCUCCUCCUCCUCCUAACUCAAUUUCUUGCCAAAGGCUUAACCCGUCUCAAGAUUGUGGGAAUGAUUUGCCUAGUUUUUUCCCUCUGCGUUUUUGUUGCACCUCUCUGCAUUGUGAGGCAAGUUAUAAGAACCAAAAGCGUGGAGUACAUGCCAUUUCUUUUGUCAUUUUUCCUCACACUAGGUGCAGUUAUGUGGUUCUUCUAUGGUCUACUAGAGAAAGACUAUAACAUUGCCAUUCCAAAUAUAUUGGGUUUUGGCUUUGGUGUUCUUCAAAUGGUGCUUUAUGUAAUCUACAAGAAGCCAAAGAAAGUUGAUCACGAAGAGCAAAUGCUUCCUGAAUUACAAAACCAAAUUAUAGUCUUGGAGGAGCAUAAGCUUCCUGAAUUAACAGAACAGAUCAUCAACAUCGUGACACUGAGUGCAAUGGUGUGUUCGGAAGAAAUUUUGCCAUUGGACGUCGAACAAGUGAAGGAUAAUGGACAUGACGACAUAGUUGGAGAUCAGAAUGUUGCUAAGGAAAACAUGGAAGCUUGA